AUGGAGAGCACCUGGGCGCCGAGGAGGGCCAGGGACGUGCCCGCGCAGGCUGCGGGCCGCGCCGCGGGCGCGCUGGGCGCCGACUGCGAAGACGCUGCGGAGGGCAGCCUGUGCCACCACUCGGUCACGUGGCUGCGCGAGUCCGGGUUCGCGAGCCACCCGGACUGGUACCCUGGCCUGUCCAGCGAUAGCCGCUUCGAGGACGUCCAGUGGGUCCUGCACUCCCUCGGGAAGGCCGAGUGCAAGAAGCCCUGUGAGCAUGCGCCAGGGGCCUACUCGGCGACGCAGACCAGCAAAGACGUGCUCGAGGUCGAGCCCAGUGGCCGGGAGAUGCACAGCGAGGAGGUCGCGUCUGCUCCGCCCCAGAGCUGUGGCAGCACGACCGCGGGUGACUGGUGCUCCAUCUCCAUCCAGUGGCUGAGGAAUUCUGGUUUCGGGGAGCACCCAGAUUGGUACCCCGGCCUCAGCCACGAGUCCACCGACAGGGAGGUCCAGGCCGAGCUCCACAGGCAGGGCAAGGUCGGUUGUCCUGAGCCCUGCCCAGAGUGGAGGCCGGACAUGGCGACGACGCCGCCGCUGGGGCGCGUGCCAUCGACGACGGCGCCCUCUUGCACUGACGCGAAGGAGGGCUCGGCUUGCUUCGACGCGGUGAUGGCUGAGAUUCGGCGAAUCAAGGCGGCGCCUGAUGAGUUGGCCUCUACCUUCAGGAAGGUGCAGGAGCAUCUGAAUCACAGCAUGAAGGCGGGCUGCACCAGACCAUGCCCUGCGCUGCAUUCGAAGAAGGUGGUUGACGCACGCGGCUACAUGAAGAAGCCAGUGGAAGAUAUGACUAUGAAUGAGCUGAAGACCUAUUUCGACGGCUAUUGGGACGGCAUGGUCCCCGCGUCCACCUACGCCGCGAAGGCCUCGACAACGGAGGCCGUGCUGUAUGACAAUGCCGCCGCGGAGAACGAAUCCGAUGAGGCCUUGACUUUCGAGAGCGCCGCGGAGGUCGCUGCGGAGAACGCAUCCGAUAUGGAGCCCCCGGCACCCCAGAAGGCCUCCCCCGAGGAGAUCGACGUGGACACCUACGUGGUGUCUGGGCCGGACGACUCGAACAACUCAGUGGUGAUUGGGCCCAUUCGGGAGGGUUCGACCGUCAGCGCCAGGAGGGAUGGCGACGGGCUCGUGGGCCGGAUCGUGGAGGGCUCGACCGCGGACCGAUCCGCGCAGGGCGCUGCGGAGAACGCAUCCGAUGUGGAGCCCCCGGCGCCCGAGGAGCACGUGGCUGCAGAGGGCGCCACGGGUGCCGCCGUGGAGGGGAGCCUGCCCGUGCCAGGUGUGGAGGCGAAGCAGGCUGCUGGCGAGGAGGAGCCGCUGCCCUACGUCGGCGAGGACGGUGUCGAGACGAGCCCGGCCGAGGAGCAGGAGGAUGCGCCCCAGCAGGCGCCCCACGGCGCGGCCCGGGAGGACACCGUCGCGGGGGCCACCCGGGAAGCCAGCCCUCCUGCCGGCGCCACCUCGGAGGCCGACCAGCUGAAGGCCGAGCUGGAGGAGCUGAAGGCCGAGAACGGGGCGCUGAGGCGGGCGGACGAGCUGAGGGCCGAGAGCGAGGCCUUGCAGCAUGAUGCCGCGUGA